AUGAUUUUUACCCUGGGCGUGGAGCUGGAACCACAACGCUGGGUUUCAUUUUCAACAAUAAAGGGGUUAUUGUUAGCCCUCGAUCAUUCAAGGAGGAAACAACGACGUGGAAAUCGUAUUAUUUCUAGUCGAUCUGAUGCAUUUCCACCAAAUGUUGUUGUACUCAGCUCGCACCUGCUUGCUGCCUUUUCUGGGGGGAGGAAAGCUUCGCGCAAGUAUUUGCUGAAACAUCUGCCAAAGAAGUGCCAUGAUCAUGAACUCGAGGAGGGGAGAAAAGCUUCUGCCGCUGAAGCAUCCAACUGGCUGGCUGAGUUUUUGUCCCUUCAUCCUGACAGCGAUGACAGUCUCUCACUGGGUGGGACAAUGAGUCGGCCAUCUUAUGAUAUCAAUGAUAUCUCUGUGGAUAAAGCCAUAGAGUUAGCCAAACGUACACUUGGUCUUGGUGUAUAUUUCGCACAUGAAAGUCUUGAAUGUGUCAGUGGAGAAGCCGGGUAUAGACGGGUGGUCUCGAACGAUGAUAUAGUAAUAUUGGAAAACCAAUACUUGAGGGAAGUUGGGCUACGAAGGGAGAAUUUGCGUAGCUACACCAAAUCUCGGGCUCACUGUAUGGAAUCAAGGCGGAAGUUCCACAAAUUCAGCACUCGUGUGGAAGCUUCAACGAGGUCCGCUGAAUUGCAACAGGUGUCUGAUGAUGAUGAUGAUGAUGAUGAGUAUGUAUGA